UAAUGUCUCAGCCUAGUGGAAGUGGUGCCUCAAAGGCAACCCCGGUUAGAAGGGAUAAGGCUUGGAAACAUGGCAUCCUCGGUUCCAAAAAAAGAGAAGUAACAUGUAUUCAUGGCAAAACAAAAUAUAAUGGGGGGGUAUUAACCAGCUGAAAUAUCACAUUGCACAAAUAGAAUGUCAUGAUGCAAAACCAUGCAAAAUAGCAUCCCCUGAGGCUAUUCGUGAAGUACAAGCUCAAUUAGAGGAAUUUGAAGAGAGAAAAAAAUUAAAAAGGAAGCAAAUGGAAGAAAUGGCAGCCAUUGGUGGAGAGGCUUCUUCAAAUCCUCGACCUCCAUUCCUUGGAUCUGGAAGUAGUGGUAGCGCAAGUGUGAGCAUUGGGCCUCACAUUCAUAAAAAUAAAUCCACAUUAGACUCACUUAUUGUUCCAUGCACGACUUUGGGUGCCCAACCAUUGCUUGAGAGCAUGGGUUGGAAUCAGGAGAAACAUGAUGCUACGAAAAUGGCAAUUGGAGACUUUUGGUUCUACAACAAUGUUCCAUUUCAUGCAGUGAGGUAUCCAUACUCGCAAAUCAUGGUAGAUGACAUUACCGGUUGUGGUCAAAGGUUCAAAGCCCCUAAUGAUGAGGAGAUAAAAGGCCCUAUUUUGAAUCAAAAGGUGGUUGAUGUUAAAGCCAAAAUUGCCGAGCAGUGUGAGAUAUGGAGGAGGAAGGGUUGCACCAUCGUUACUGAUGGUUGGAUUGACAGAAGAAGUAGAACACUAUUGAUUUUUCUUGUCUCCUCAUUAGGCAAUUGUACUUUGUAGUUUGUAUUUUGUAAAGUAUAUUUAUCAUUGGUUUAGUGACUUUUUUAAUUUUUAUUAUACUAAAUCUCUCUUUUUUUCUUUCUUAG